AUGGCUCAGUGCGGGGUGAGAGUGCUGUGUCGGUUUAGACCACUUAAUAACUCCGAAAUAAACCGAGGAGAUAAAUAUAUCCCCAAAUUUAAAGGACAUGACACCGUGGUAAUCGGGGGGAAGCCAUAUAUAUUUGACCGGGUUCUGACACCUAACACAACACAGGAGCACAUGUACGAAUCGUGUGCUAAGGACACUGUCAGAGAUGUUCUUAGUGGCUACAAUGGUACCAUAUUUACUUAUGGACAAACGUCAUCAGGAAAAACGCACACCAUGGAGGGGAGUCUACAUGAACCUCAACUAAUGGGAAUUAUUCCUCGUAUUGCUCAUGAUGUCUUUGAUCAUAUUUACUCCAUAGAGGAGAAUCUGGAGUUUCAUAUUAAGGUUUCCUACUUUGAAAUCUAUCUGGAGAAAAUCAGGGAUCUUCUUGAUGUGUCAAAGACCAACUUGACAGUGCAUGAGGAUAAAAACCGUGUUCCAUAUGUGAAGGGUUGUACCGAGCGGUUUGUCUCCAGCCCUGAUGAAGUGAUGGAUGUGAUUAAAGAGGGUAAAGCAAACCGACAUGUGGCAGUAACUAAUAUGAAUGAGCACAGUUCCCGUAGCCACAGUAUUUUCCUCAUUAGCAUUAAACAGGAGCACCUGGACACGGCGCAGAAGCUCACUGGAAAACUCUAUCUGGUGGACCUGGCUGGCAGUGAGAAGGUUAGUAAAACGGGAGCAGCAGGAGCAGUGCUGGACGAAGCUAAAACUAUCAAUAAAUCUCUGUCGGCACUCGGCAAUGUCAUCUCAGCACUGGCAGAGGGUAGUAAAUCGCAUGUGCCGUACCGUGACAGCAAGAUGACUCGGAUCCUUCAGGAUUCUCUGGGUGGAAACUGCCGGACAACCAUCAUCAUUUGCUGCUCCCCGUCUGUCUUUAACGAAGCAGAAACCAGAUCCACACUGCUGUUUGGACAAAGAGCUAAGAUAAUCAGAAACACUGUGUGUGUUAAUUUGGAGCUGACUGCUGAGGAGUGGAAAAAGAAAUUUGAGAAGGAGAAGCACAAAAGUGUAACUAUGAAGGAUGAUAUAAAGAAAUUGCAAACUGAGCUCAGUCAAUGGAGAAAUGGUAUGUGCUUACCUGCAGUGGAGCAGCUGCACCAAGAUAUUUUUAAAAACAAAAUACCCAGUAAUGUUCUUGCUUCUGAAAAACCAACCAGUAAUUUGGAGAAGGGCCAGUAUGAGGAGAACAUCAACAACAUGUACAAAUUACUGGAUGACAAGGAUGAUGAGAUUAACAUGCAGACUCAGCUAGCUGAGAAACUAAAGCAACAGAUGGAAAUACAAGAAGAGUUGCUGGCAUCAUCGAGAGGGGACUGCUCCCGGGUUCAGGAGGAGCUCUGCUCUCUGCAGAUUGAUAAUGAUGAGAUGAGAGUGGAGGUGAGGGAGGUGCUCACUGCACUGGAGGAACUCGCUCUCAACCAUGACCAGAAAAGCCAAGAGGCGUCUAACUGCACCCUUACCAAUCAAACCCUCACCGAGCAGCUUGUAGUUAAGAAUGAGUUACUGGAUGCUGCACAGAUUGACUUAUCUGAGCUUCACGAGCUCAACGCUGUCCAUAGGAGGAGAACCGUGGACCUUCUCCACAUGCUCCUGAGAGACCUGAAUGACAUGGGAGCCAUUGUGGACUCCAGUGAGAUCAAAAUGUGUGAGGGUGAUGAAUCUAUAGAGGAUGAGUUCACAGAGGUCCAAAUGUUCCUCACCAAGCUCAAUCUUGAAAUUAAGAGCUUUUCUAACCACUCUAAACCGCUAGAGACUGCCAAUUACCAUGCUUUCCUCAAGAUACAGGCUACUGAAAGAGAGCUGGCUGCCUGUCAGUUGCUCAUCUCCCAGCACCAGGUGAAGAUCAAGUCUUUAACAGAACGAAUACAGAAAGCUGAGGAGACAAGGAGAGAUCUGGAGCUCAGUCAACGCAAGUUAACUGAGGAGUUAACCAAGCUUCAAACAUAUGAAAGCAACAAAGAAUCAUAUAAACAAGAGAAAGUGAUUCUGAUGAAUCAUCUACAACAAAACAAGGGCAGCAAAGAAAGACAGCAGAUGCUGUUGGUUAACAUUCGAGAUGCGCUUAGCACCAAACAGAAGACACUGGAAGAACUGAAGGAGGUUAAUGACAAUUUAGAGUUGAAGCUGAAGAAACAGCAAUCUGAAUGUGAAACACUGAUGAUGCAAGAACAUGAGAAGGACCUUGAACUACAGAAACUAAUAUUGUGUGAUGAGAAUAAAGUCCCCACUAGUCAAGAGCUGAAAAGCUUUGAGGAAAAAGUGGCCCAAGAACUGCAGGCCUUACAUAACUUGAGGAAGCUGUUUGUGCAGGAUCUGACAGUGCGUGUGAAAAAGAGCACUGAGCUGGACUAUGAGGAAAACGGGUGCAAUAUAACACAGAAUCAGAGGAGCUGUUUUCUUGAGAAAAAUCUAGAACAGCUCACCAAUGUCCAUAAACAGCUGGUACGAGAGAAUGCAGAUCUGCGCUGUGAGCUUCCAAAGAUGGAGAGCCGCUUGCGAACAACUGCAAAGAGACUGAAACUUCUCGAGUGUGCGCUCAGAGAAACCAAAGAGAGUGCAGCACAAGAUCGGAGACUCUACCAGCAGGAGGUCGAUCGCAUCAAGGAUGCGGUCCGUGCCAAGAUCAUGGCCUGUCGUGGACACUCAGCUCUUAUUGCUAAACCUAUUCGUGCUGGACACCAUCACAUGUUCUCAACAGCUUCUGGAAGAGGAGGACCAAUUGUUUAUAGCUACCAUCAUGUUUAAUCAACCAGUGCCCAUCAACAACUACACAGCUGACGGCACAAUAAAUGUAUAAAGUAGUUCAGCCAGUACUACUUCACUACAUUAUGUAAUAAUAGAUGGUGAAAAUAAAGGAGUAUAAAAAUGGUGUGAUUACUGCACUGGGAAUUGUUUCAGUAAAUUAAAAUGUACGUGUUAUGCAUAUUUUUGUAGAACUUGUU